AUGGCCGAGAACACAGCUCCAUCCACUGGACCGCCAGCGUCCGGUGGUGAUGUGCCCGGCCAACCCUUCUAUGAACGAACACGGCAGCAUCUCAAAGAACUACUAAACAAGAAACGUCUACUCGAGCGAACUCUCCAGGUGACAGAAGAUACCAUAUACAAGAACGAAACGGAAUACCUUGAGGAGACACCGGCUGGGAAUAUUAUUCUGGGAUUUGAGAGCUAUACGAAGGGAGUCGGAAACGCUGCGCCUGGGGGCGGGAGGAGGAGGGCACAAGUUGUGGAUGCCAAUCGGGUGUUCAGUAAGAGUAGUUUGACCUAUGGGCUGAAUAACAACGUGGACUCGCCCAGCAACACGGCACAAUCUACACCAAUGGCGGCUACGGCUCCCACACCACUUUCUACAAGUUUUGCCAGAGGCGAUGGAGGCUCGAAUCAUCCUACACCUACGAGUGCGACCUCCGCAUCGAAAUCCGUGGCAGGGAAGAAGAACAAGAAGAAUGGAGAUGAUAGUGAUGGGGAGACGAGGGAUGUGAAGAAAAUCAAGACAAAUUUCGGCGCCGUGCGGAAAUAG